AUGCAUGCUGACCGCUGCAAAGCAAUCACGGCCAGCGGAUCGAACUUCACCCUGACUGCAAAGGGCGCCUCAUACCUCUUUCAUGCCGACUCGAAGACUGGAGACCUGGUUUCUGACCACUUCGGAGGGCCCGCCGAUGAUUUCACACUGCCAACCUGGGUCAGCACUCAAGGAUGGGCGGAUGGCUUGAGUAUCACUCGACGAGAGUUCCCAGACUCGGGCCGCAGCGACUUCAGACUUCCUGCCAUCCACAUCAAGCACGCCGACGGAGACACCCUCUCGGCCUUCUUCUACCAGUCUCACGAGAUUGUGCCAGGCAAGCCAUCGCUCCCAGGACUGCCCGCCACAUAUGGCAACGAAAGCAGCGUCUCCACCCUUCUGGUCACGCUCUACGACAACUACUCCGACGUGACUGCUGUGCUCUCGUACUCCGUCUUCCCAGAGUACAACGCAAUCGCACGCAGCUUCCAGAUCCACAACAAUGGAACGGCCAACAUCACCAUCGAGCACGCAGCAUCCUUCAGUCUGGAUCUGCCCAACUUGGACCUGGACAUGAUUGAGUUGCAGGGCGAUUGGUCUCAUGAAGCCAACCGUGUCCUUCGCAAGCUCGACUUUGGCGAGACCAGCUUCCGCAGCACUGCCGGCUACUCUUCCGCCCUCCACAACCCAUUCUUUGCAUUGGUCGAACCUUCUACCACCGAGAGCACAGGACAGGCUUGGGGCUUCAACCUGAUCUACACCGGCUCUUUCUCCGCCACGGCUGAGCGGUUCUCGACCGGAUUCAUUCGCGUCCUGCUCGGCUUGAACCCGCUCCACAGCAGUAUUGGCGUUGCACCAGGUGGCACCUUUACAUCUCCAGAGGCCGUUGCAAUCUACUCUUCAGAGGGCGUUGGUGGCAUGUCUCGAUCAUUCCACGAUCUCUACAAAAAUCACCUGUCCCGCUCCAACUACACUCACGAAACACGACCAGUGCUUCUCAACUCGUGGGAAGGUCUCGGAGCCAGCAUCAACGAGACCAAUCUCGUGCAACUCGCAGGCGAAGCUGACGAGCUCGGCAUCAAACUUCUCGUUGCCGACGAUGGUUGGUUUGGCGUAAAGUACCCCCGCGACAACGACUCUCAAGGUCUCGGUGACUGGACUGUAAACCCCGUCAAAUUCCCACACGGACUUGCCAACACCGUAGCACAGGUCAACAACUACACCACCACCGGUACCGGCCCAUACGCCGACCAACCACUCAGAUUCGGUAUCUGGGUCGAGCCAGAAAUGAUCAACCCCAACUCGACCCUCUAUCACGAACACCCAGAAUGGGUCAUGGGCGGCACGACGAAACUCAAAGACCGCCUCUCCCUCACCCGUCACCAACUCGUCCUCAACGUUGGCCUCCCCGAAGUCCAAGACUUUAUCAUCGACUUCGUCUCCAACCUCAUCGACACCGUCCAUAUCCAAUACAUCAAAUGGGACAACAACCGCGGAAUCCACGAAAUGCCCUACCCAGCCGCCGACCACCAAUACAUCCUCGGCCUGUACCGCGUCAUCGACACCUUGACAACCAAAUACCCUGACGUCCUCUGGGAAGGCUGCGCAUCGGGAGGUGCACGUUUCGACGCAGGACUUCUGCACUACUGGCCCCAAUCCUGGACUUCAGACAACACCGACGGUUCCGACCGCCUCACCAUCCAGAUGGGUACUUCUCUCGUCUACCCUCCCUCAGCAAUGGGCUGCCACGUCUCCGCCGUCCCCAACGGCCUCUCCCAUCGCAACAUCUCCAUCGAAUACCGUGCCCACGUCGCAUUGAUGUGCGGAUCUUUCGGUUUCGAACUGAACCCCUCCGAACUCUCCGCCGAAGAAAGCGCCGCCAUCCCCUCCAUCAUGACUCUCGCAGACCGCAUCAACCCGCUCGUCAUUUCCGGAGAUUUCUACCGCCUCGCUCUGCCCGACCACAACUACAAUUGGCCCGCAGUACAAUUCGUCGCCAAGAAUGGCAGCGAGAGUGUAGUGCUCGCCUUCCAACAACAGGCCAUGAUCAAACCCGUGAAUCCUCCUUUGAAACUCCAGGGCUUGGAGCCUGAGGCUAGGUAUUGGAAUGAUUUGGACAAUGCGACGUAUAGUGGGAAUACGUAUAUGCAUUCGGGGUUGAAUGUUCAUUUCGCCACGACGGAUUAUCAGUCGAAGGUGGUUUGGUUGCGGAAGGAGUAGAUGGGAGGAUUGAGAUGAAGAAUUUGAAAAGAAGAAAAGAAAAAGUUAUUCGCAGCUAAGAAACGAAUGUUGAUUAUAAUAUUGCAAUUUAGGCGUGUGCUCC